UUUAGUUUUAUUACUUUUCGAGGGCGAGCGGAGCGAACGAGACUAGUAGGGCAGGCCCAGCUCUGACGUUGUCGAACAGUCCACAUCCGCCGGCGAAAUUUCUCUGUCGCGUUCGGCGCAGCGUACCGUUCAUUUAGAGUUUCCGCACGCGACGGUAAGGCCGAGAUGCGUCCUAUCGGUCUCGCUAACCUUCUCGCUUCCAAGAGCGUAGCGAAAACUCGGACGGCGAAACUCGCUUCGCGACUCAAGUCCAACUUUCACCAACCGUUGUCCGGGAAUGACUGCCCACGUCCAGGAGGCAUCGCCACCUUCAUGCGUCUCCCGUUCGCGACAACCGCGCACGGCCUCGACGCCGCCGUGUACGGCAUUCCUUUCGACUGUGGCACUUCGUACCGAAGUGGAGCCCGCUUCGGUCCCCGCCAAGUGCGCUGCGAGUCGUCGCUGAUCAGAGCCUACAACAUGGCCACUAGAGCGGCCCCGUUCGACUCUCUCCAGAUCGCCGACAUCGGCGACGUCCCGGUGACCAUGUACGACAUGCAGCGGGCCAUGGCGGACAUUGAGGCUUUUGUCCGGAAUGUGCUGAGUCAUGGUUGCGUCCCUCUGGGCAUUGGAGGAGAUCACACGGUUACCUUCCCCAUCCUCAAGGCUGUCAAGGAGAAGCACGGCCCCGUCGGUCUGUUGCACCUGGACGCCCACGCGGACGUGAACCCGAGUAUGAUGGGCUGCAAGACAGCACACGGAACCACCUUCUUUCGGGCCGUCGAAGACGGACUCUUGGACACGCGCCGGGUCGUCCAGAUCGGACUACGGGGCACCGUCUACGGCCCCAACGAGGAGCGCUGGAGUGUGCAGCACGGGUUCAGCAUCAUUCAGGCCCACGAAGUCUGGCACAAAUCCAUGGUGCCCGUCAUGGCGGAAAAAGUGCUUCCUCUCCUCAAGGACGGCCCCGUUUACCUGACGCUGGAUAUCGACUGCCUGGACCCGGCUUACGCUCCCGGCACGGGGACUCCAGAAAUCGGAGGUUUAACGAUGAUCCAAGUACUCGAGAUCAUUCGAGCAUGCAGGGGCCUGAACAUCGUUGGCGCAGACUUGGUAGAGGUGUCUCCCCCUUACGACCUGAGCGGAAAUACGGCACUGGCAGCGGCCAACUUGCUCUUUGAAAUGCUGUGUGUUCUACCGAGGGUCAAGUUGCUGGACUAAAUGUCGGCGUAGUCGCGAGGUGCACUGUUCCCCACCGACGAGGUGAUUGCUCCACGAGACGCUAUGCACGACCGCUGGCAUUCGUGGGUCUCUCCGAUAAACACGGAUUUGGCGUAAACAGGUCGGCUUGCGCUAGAAACAGAAUCAAGAACAGAUGUUUAAGACAGGUUCACUCAAAGCGUUCGAGAGUAGCGAGUGAUAACCUUGCGCGCGCGGCAGCAUUAAUUUGUCACUGCUUUUCUUUAUGAGGCACCCAAUUAAGACUACUUAUUUCGUUUAGAGCUGGGGUCGCCAUGGGCGUACCAACCGGGGGGGCAUUUGCCCCCUUAGUUCUCAAAGGGGGGGCAAGGCAUGUGUUUGCCCCCCCCCCCCUCCCCGAAACAGCCGCCACUGGGCAGGGCAAACACUGGCCGGCGAGGCCCACGGAAUACCAAGGGCACCGCCCCCCGGCCCUGGGGUGGGGGGAGGGGGGUUUUGUUUGCACCCCCCCCCCCCCCCCUCAAAAACAGGUUGGUACGCCACUGGAGGUCUCCAAACUUUUUGGCUAAGGGUCCAGAUGGGAUGUCUGUCACUGUCUCGAGGGCCAGAAAAUAAAUAAAUAAAAAUUAGGAAAAAGUAAAUAAAUAUUCCUGUAGAUAAGCAUUUAUAUGCAAAUUAAAGAAGAACAUAUGGUAGACGAAUACAUCUAAUCUAUUUAUAAAUCCAGUAUUUAGCUUAUUAUAACAAUUGCACAAUAAAUUGGGACCCAGAAAACUCACCAGGCCUAAAUCAAAGAGCAUAGGAAGUUUGGCAUGGUCCAGCAGAAGACCGAGCACAAUAUACACGGGAACGCAAAGAAAUUUUGAGAUACACAGUUACGCAGAUGUGGAACACGGGACUAAGAACGGUGACGCUGGUGUUGACAAUCUCCAAUGAAUAAUAUGACGAAAAAACGCACCUUACAAUUGGAUUUUUUUUUUUUUCUUUUUUUUUUCGUUUACGCGGUUUGUCCGCGCUGCUGAAGCGGGCCGCGGGCAGGGCUUAAUCGGAAAAACCGCGGUCAGCCGGUUCUAGACCUGUUGAUGGGGUGCGUUCAGCUUUGCUUUCUUCAUCUUCUACCGAAAUAAAUAUUGAUUUAAAAU